AUGUUUUAUUUUGAAAAGCCUCAGCGGAAGUGCUUAUUUGACGCUGUGAGAUUUGAGCUCCUCUCCGCUGAGUGUUUUCCUCUCCUCCUGCUCAGUUUGAGAAGAUAUAAAGAGACUUCAGGACCCUGAGGUGUAACGAUGAUCUGCAUACUCCUUGUGGCUGGACACGGGACCGUGUUAGAGACUCAGAUCAAGAAUGAUGACACAGGAUUAUACAGCCACCUGGCCGGGGUACCAAAGGCUUUACUUCCUGGCAUUGGAGGAAAGAAGAUCCUGGACUUUUGGUGGGAGACUGUCAACAUGCGGCAGCUGUUCACAGAGGUGUAUCUGGUCACAAACGCAGACAAGUAUAAGUACUUUGAGCGCUGGGCCACAGCGAACGACUUCCCCGUGGAGAACGUGGUGAAUGAUGGCAGCACUACUUUGGAGGACCGACUCGGGGCCGUGGCCGACCUGCAGCUGGCCAUACGCAGCCGAAGGCUUCAGGACGACAUUAUGGUGAUCGCAGGAGACAUGCUGUGUGCAGACCAGAACUUCGACAUUGCUCAGGUGAUCCGGUUCUUCAGAUCUCAGCCUGGAGAGCUGAUCAUUUACUACGAGCUGGAGGAGAGUGAGAAAAGCAGCUCCAGAGGCAUCGUGGAGGUCUGCCCUGAGACCCACAGGAUUACCCGCUUCGUGGAGAAACCUCAGGAUGGGCUGACGGCGUCCCGGCUGGCCAGCGUGGUGUUUUACUGCAUCAGGAGCAACACACUGUCCUACCUGUCUGACUUCCUCAACCUGCAGCCUCGAGCCAGGGACAGGACCUUCGGACAGCUCUGGGAGUGGCUCAUUAAUGAGAAACAGCUGGACGUGUUCGGGAUGAAGCUUCCCACCGGCUUCCAGCUCAUCGGACAAGUGGGUCUGUCAGACUACACAAAGUGGCUCACCCACUACUCCACCAAGCAGCAGGACAACCCCGCCAAACCGAUCACAUGCCGAUCAUACGCUCGGGUGGGACUGAUGGGAAAUCCCUCCGAUGGCUUCAACGGGAAAACCAUCGCCAUGUCCAUCUCCAACUUUUGGGCUGAGGUCACUCUGGUGGAGAGCCAGACUCUGGUUCUGGUCCCUCAUCCUCUCAACGACCCCACAGAGUUUGGAAGCUUGCAGGAUCUGUUCUGCAUCAGCAGGAAGGAAGGGUACCUGGGAGGUCUACGUCUGCUGCAGGCCACCUGCAAGAAGUUCUACCAGUUCUGCUCCAAACAAGGUAUUGCUCUGACGAAGCAGAACUUCACGCUGAAGUACGACACCAACAUCCCUCGUCAAGUGGGCCUCGCUGGAAGCAGCGCCAUCGUCUCAGCCACCCUGAAGUGUCUGAUGAAGUUCUACAACAUCACGGACAAUGAUCUCCCAAAGCCGAUCCGAGCUAACUUCAUCCUGAACGUGGAGACGGAUGAGCUUUUCAUCACUGCUGGCCUGCAGGACAGAGUCGUUCAGGUCUAUGAAGGAUUAGUCUACAUGGAUUUCAGCAAGAAACUGAUGGAGGAGCAGGGAUACGGAGACUAUGUUUUAAUGGACAUGAGCGAGCUCCCGGCCUUCUGGUUGGCUUACCUGAGCGACCCCAGCGACUCCGGACGCAUCCACAGCAACAUCAGACAGCGCUGGCUCAACGGAGAGCCUCUGGUGGUUGAAGCAAUGAAGACUUUUGCUGAUCUCACAGAUCAAGCCAGGACGGCUCUACGGGACAAAGACUGGAGCCGCCUGGCACAGCUGAUGGAUCAGAACUUUGAGCUGAGGAGGUCCGUGUACAGUGAUGACUGUCUGGGUCCUGGGAACCUGAAGAUGGCUCAGCUGGCGAGGCAGUUUGGCUCAGCGGUGAAGUUACCGGGCAGCGGAGGAGCCGUGGUGGGUCUGUGUCUGGAUAAUGACAGAUUGGUGGAGAUGAGGCAAGCUUUCCAGGAGGCAGGUUGUGUGUUCUGUGUCAUCACGCCGUACAUCCCAUCUGCCAGCACGGUCAGCGGCCAACACUGACUUCACAUCUCUGCAGGACCCGGUCAGGCUACUCGAGGACACGAGGACGAUCCACAAAGACUCUCAGGGUCAUCACAGAAGUUAAAACUACAGAGGACCUCAAAGUGAAGAGUGAUGUGAAAUCAUGAAGGAGGCAUAAAAACUAUCAGGUUUGCUGCAGGAAUGAAAGUUAAAACAUGAUUUAGCCAAAUAAUGUGAAGUCUAAAACACAAGGGUCUAUACAUUUCAGUGAUCUGCUGCAGAUUAUAAAAGAUUAAGGACAUUUUAGUCCUGUGAAUACGUAUCAAGAUUUUAUAAUUUAUCAUUUAUAACAAUCUUAAAACAUUUUUAACAAGUAAUUGUGUAGUUUAUAUAGAUGUUAACCUUCCUGUGUUGUAUAAUGAGUCCACACAAUUCAAUUGUUUGUUCAAGAUUCAGGACGUUUAUAAUCUUGUGAGGUGUAACGUACCAAAACUGUGCAAUUUACAUUUCAUAAUAAUACAAAAUUACAUUUUUAACAAUUAUUGUAUAAUUUAUAUAUACUAAUUGUUUUGUAUGAUUCAUGUAUUUUUUUAUUUAAACACACAUUUUAAAUCUUUUUA